UGUUACUUCUUCCAGUUCCUGAAAGAGGUUCACAGAAAUGCAUUGGUCUAGUUGUGGUGGUGCUACAAGCGGGCUCUGCAUCAAAUGUCCAUCCAAAUAAAGUGGAACUCUGCUUGAAACAGAUCUCACUUACCUAUGAGCUGGUCAGAGUCAACCACAACAAAAACAGUGAGCCUGAUCUUUCCAACGUCCUGUCUGUCAUACAACUGUGUGGAGAGUUGAACGAUCAAGAUGCUGCCAAACUUGAAGUCAAGGUUGUUCGAUAUCUCCAAGAACACACGAAUUCAGAGAGUGGCUUUCUUCUGCUGGUGGUUCCAGAGACACAGAUGCUGUAUUGUCAGGCUAUCGGAAAUACUGUUUUACAAGAAGAGAUCCGAUUUGCAGGCCCAUCCAGUUGUUUCUGGCAUGCACUUGAAAACAAACAACCUAUGACUCUGGCAGAUAUUCCACCCGAUCGACGGCAUGAGGUCGAGAAAAUCAUGCGCAGAGAAAUCCACAACUUGCUGUGUGUGCCAGUUUGCCUCAGUGACAGUAAAGAUCUUUUGGCACUGGCGUGUAUGGUCAACAAAUGCAAUGGAGAAGAAUUCAGCACGGCUGACAUAGAUACAAUCCAUCAGUGCUUCAAAUACACAGCUACUGUUCUAACCAGCACCCUGGCCUUCCAGAAUGAGAGAAAGCUCAAGAAUCAAACCCAGGCUCUUCUACAAGUAGCCAAGAAGCUGUUUACAAGAUUAGAUGACCUCACCAAACUGCUACGGGAAAUUAUGCAAGAAGCCAGAAACUUGACAGAUGCUGAGAGGUGCUCUGUGUUCCUCUUGGACAAGGAUUCUGAUGAGCUGGUGGCCAUGGUCUUUGAUGGAAUCACCGCUGAUGACAAAGAGGUGCAAGGAGAGAUACGACUUCCCAAGACACAAGGCAUUGCUGGACAUGUUGCCACGACAGGUAAACUUCUGAAUAUCCGUGAUGCAUAUUCCCACCCUCUGUUUUAUAGAGGGAUUGAUGAUUCCACUGGCUUUAGAACCAGAAAUAUACUAUGCUUCCCAAUCAAAGAUGAAGAAGGUGUGGUGUUUGGGGUGGCCCAGUUAUGUAACAAAAAAACGUUCCAGUACUUCACUACCUUUGAUGAGGAUGUUGCAUCUGCCUUUGCUGUGUACUGCUGCAUUAGCAUCAGCCAUUCCCUCAUGUACAAAAAAGUGAUAGACAUUCAGUACAGAAACAGUCUAGCAAAUGAGUUGAUGAUGUUUCACAUGAAGUCACUUAUGUACAAGAAGCUAGUAGACUCACAGUACCGCCACCACCUGGCCAAUGCUCUCUUGCUUUACAGCGCCAACCAG